AGGAGGAGGAUCGGUGGGAUCAGGGGAUUGAGCGACGCCGCUGCUGCUGGUGCUGAUGGUGGAGUAUUGGUGCGGAUGACCAAGCGUGCCAUCACCCCACAUGACAACAGCAACAUCAACAACAACAGCUUCUCACCGACGCCAAACCCGGCGCAUUCCCACGCAUUCCCACGCACCACAAGGAGCCCUCGGAGGCGAAGAUGUUGCCACGGUUACGAACAGGGUAGCCACCAUUGGUAAGGUCUCGUUACAAUUUGCGGGCGAUCAAUUUGAGGGCGUAUCCAGGCAGACAGUCAGGAAGAAGACGGGGACGGGAGACAGUGGGGGUGGAGAGAUGAAUGGGAAUGAAUUCAGGUUCUUCCUGUCGUGCGAUAUCAACUUGCCCGUCACGUUCCGCGUCGAAGCUCUCGAUGGAGACCCGCCUGCCGCUCCCCCGCUAGAUGGCUUGAUUGGCGCGGGAGGUUCUACUCCAGAACUUUUCGUGGAAUGCGCGCUUUACAUUGAUGGCGUUCUGUUUGGGCUUCCAACACGAACCAGGUUGUCUUCUAUUGAAAAGCCAUGGCGUUGGAAUGAACUCGUCACGCUCAGUGCCAAAUAUCGAGACUUAUCAUCUAAUGCCCAGCUUGCUCUGACGGUGUGGGAUGUCUCGUCACCGAGGCAAGAAGUAGUUGUAGGUGGUGCUACUCUGAGUCUGUUUAGCAGUAAGAAACAGUUGAAGACGGGCAAGCAGAAGUUGCGAUUGUGGCGUGCCAGGCAGGCAGAUGGCCAUGUACCGACCAGUACUCCUGGCAAGGUUCCCAAGCAUGAGCGAGGCGAACUGGAGCGCCUGGAAAAGUUGAUGAACAAGUUUGAGAGAGGUGUGGUGGCACACAUAGACUGGUUGGAUCGUCUCACGUUUAAAGCAGUUGAACAAAUAAAAGAAGCAGAGAGCAAGCGUAGUGGGAAUAAGCAACUUCAUCUAGCCGUGGAUUUACGUACAUUUGAGCAUCCCGUUGCAUUUCAGGAGCUAGGUGCAAAUCUGUUGAUGCAAUCACCUAUUUCUCCUUCCAAUGAACUUGUAAUAGUUUGGGACCCUGAAUUGGGUCGACAGAAUCCCUCUGAAAACAAGCAACUGAAGCUCGCUCGCAGUGUGACAAGGGGUGUAAUCGAUCGCGAGUUGAAGCCAAGCUCCAAUGAGAAAAAGGAAAUACAGCGGGUUCUGAAACAUCCUCCAACACGAAGUUUGAGUGGAGAUGAAAGACAGCUUCUCUGGAGAUUCAGGUUUUACUUGAUGUCCGAAAAGAGGGCUCUCACCAAGUUUUUACGAUGUGUUGAUUGGAGUGAUGCACAGGAAGCAAAACAAGCAGUGGAUUUGAUGAGACGAUGGGCUCCCAUAGAUAUUGCAGAUGCCUUGGAGCUUCUUUCUCCAGUUUUCGAGAGCGAAGAGGUUCGAGGACAUGCCGUGACGGUGCUCGAGGGAGCAGAAGACGAAGAACUGCAGUGUUACUUACUUCAACUUGUCCAAGCUUUACGCUUUGAACGUUCUGACAAAUCACGCCUUUCUUACUUUCUUGUCAAAAGAGCGGUUCAGAAAUUCGAACUUGCAAGCUUUCUACGGUGGUACGUUACCGUGGAGCUUCAUGAUCCUGCAUAUGCGAAAAGAUUUUAUUCAAUAUAUGAGAUUUUCGAAGAUUGUAUGACCAAGGCAAGAAAUGACGGUAGGGAGGAUGGUGAGAGUGGAGAGAAAAUGUGGCAAAGCUUGGUCCGUCAAACAGAGUUGACGGCACAAAUUUGUACCAUUAUGCGAGAGGUCAAGAAUGUUCGGGGUUCGACCCAAAAGAAAAUUGAGAAACUUCGGCAGCUACUAUCAGGCCUUCUUAGUGAACUGACCUAUUUUGAUGAGCCCAUCCCUUUACCACUUGAACCUCGCUUGAUGAUUACUGGUAUCAUACCAUCGGAAUCCUCAAUCUUCAAGAGUGCAUUGCACCCCCUGCGGCUCACUUUCCAAACAAGAGAUGGUGGAAAGUGUAAGUUAAUUUUCAAGAAGGGAGAUGAUCUGAGGCAAGAUCAACUGGUCGUUCAAAUGGUGUCUUUGAUGGACCGACUCUUAAAAUUGGAAAAUCUAGAUUUACAACUUACUCCCUAUCGCGUGCUGGCCACUGGAGCAGAUGAAGGAAUGGUGGAAUUCGUCCCCUCUACUUCACUUGCCCAAGUUUUGGCAGAACACAAAUCCAUUGUAAGUUUUUUCCAGCAAUUUCAUGCGGAUGCGGAAGGACCUUUUGGUAUCACAGCUGCUUGCUUGGAGACUUUUGUGAAAAGCUGUGCGGGCUAUUGCGUUAUUAUGUACAUACUGGGGAUUGGGGACAGACAUCUGGAUAAUCUACUUCUCUGUGAGGAUGGGCGACUAUUUCAUAUCGAUUUUGGUUUCAUAUUGGGGCGUGAUCCCAAGCCCUUUCCACCCCCUAUGAAACUUUGCAAAGAAAUGGUGGAAGCUAUGGGCGGUGCCGAAAGUCCCCACUACAGUCGCUUUAAGACCUACUGCUGUGAGGCUUACAACAUUCUCAGGAAAUCCAGUAAUCUCAUCCUGAAUCUGUUUUAUCUAAUGGCUGGAGCUAACAUCCCCGACAUUGCUUCUGAUCCUGAGAAGGGAAUUUUGAAGCUACAAGAAAAAUUCCGGCUGGACUUGGACGACGAAGAGGCUGUGCAGUUCUUCCAGUCAUUGAUAAAUGACAGCGUUAGUGCACUGUUUCCUCAAAUGGUGGAGACAAUCCACCGUUGGGCACAGUACUGGCGCUAAAUUGGUGAUCUUAAUUCAUUCACAAUUCUUUUUUAGGUUGUCAUUUCUGAGGCUUGAUUACCUUCAGGUUGUAGUGGGUUGGAACCAGGAGGCUUUUGUCGUACCUUGUGCUAGUUGAACAUUCUGUAGGCACCAAACUUAUGUCUUUUGGAGUUAAUAUGUUUCCGGACCGAAUACUAGUUAGACUCUAGAUAGAUUAAGAGGAGCAGUGUGCAGAUAACAAAUUGUAUAAUUUCUGCUACCAAACAACUUCUAUCAUGUAAGCAAUACAAACAGAUGCAAAAAUUGCACACACUUGUGACAUUCCAUUGAA